AUGGCCCAGGAUGUAAGAGUACAGUCUUUGACCGGUGGUGUGUGGCCUGGGGCAUACAUCUGUGGCAUCCCAGGGAAUAGCACAGGCCAAGCCAUCGUGGAACGGGCGCACCAAACCUUGAAGGCGUGGCUCAAUGCCUUAAAAGAGGGAGGAGAGCUAACUGGUCCAGAACUGUGCCCCCAUGCCUUGCUGUUGCACGCUCUAUACAGUCUAAAUCACCUGGAGCAGCGUGCCGUGGACCAUCAGCUGACAGAGCACCUCCCAAUCAGGACAGUUCUCAUCCGGCCAGAAGGUGGGCCAUGGUCCCCUGAGCCUCUGCCCCUUCUCGUCAUGGGGCAUGAUUACGCUUGUGUCAGGACGCCCGCUGGUCCGCGCUGGUUGCCACCCCAACGGACAACAUCUGGUGACCCCGACGUGAUUUUUGGGCGCGAGCAAGGUGCCGAACGGCCGAUUUUGGGCGCGAGCAAGGCACCGAGAAGCCGGAGCCGUGAUGGGGCUCGGCGUGCAGGAGGUGGCCUGACACAGCCAAAUCCGAACCAGAAAACCAUUUCCUUUCUUAUCGAUUCCGGAGCAGAUGUCACCACUAUUUCAACGGCGGUGUGGCCCUCCUCUUUGGCCCUGGAAACACUCCUGCGCUCAGUCAGUGGGGUGGGGGGUUUUGUGACGGGCCAUCGCAGUCACUAUCCCGUCCUCUUUUUGUGGGAAGACAAUGGGCAGGAGCGGACGGCAGGACCGAUUCGGCCUUAUGUCCUGGACAUCCCGCUCUCAUUGCUGGGACGUGACCUCUUAGCCCUCGCCGGGGCGAGAGUUGUCAUCAAGCCCGACAUCCAAAUUUUAGCAAAUAGGCAUCAGGAUCCCUCCAGUCCUACAGCAGCCAGCAGAAAAGUCUGGCCAGCAGGCAGGCAGCAGCGCCCGCUCACGGGAAGUACAAACCAGCAGUUUCUCUUCUGCUGGAUGCUGUCAGGAGCAGCCUACAAACUGCAGAAUCACAGCUCAUUCCUCAUCGCCUUUUACGGCAUUCUCCACAGAUGCCGGAUGGGGUACGUUUCCAUUCUUUUGAAAUGAAUGUGUAUUCUCCACAAGUGAUUUGGUCUUUCAGAGAUAGCUGAGUAUUUGCUCAUUACAAAAAGGGCGUGACUGUGUCAAGGCGUUACGCCCUUGCAGUCGCGAUAAUGGGGGUUCCCAUAGCGUUAAAAACGGACAAUGGACUGGGCUACAGAAGCCAUUGUUUUGAGGCCUGGUGGUGCACUUGGGGUAUCCGGCGCGUGUUUGGGAUCCCACUUAUUUCCCAAGGACAAGUAAUAGUGGAGCGUGCACAUCAGCUCCUGAAAGGGCGGCUCCGUGCCCCUAAAGAGGGGUCGCCAACGCAGUUGUCCUCGUCACUGUUGGAGCAGUGAUAGAAGAGGCCCUUCACGCAGCGUGACCAUGUUCUGGGCCAAGCAAAGACAUUGUUUGUCACCGAUCCGACACGAUGGGAGGGUCCUUGGAUAUAUGCACUCCUUGCACUUGCACCUCCCACAGUCUUCACCUGGGCCAGCGUGUGGCCCCUGCGAGCAGGGGUUAAGUCCGUGCAGAAGAUAACGGUUGACAGUGAUCCGUUUGGCGACUGGCUGAAGAACCUGUUUGGCAGACUUGGGCCAUGGGUCACCCAGAUACUUAAAGUAGUCGGUAUAGUGCUCUUAGUGUUUAUCUGCAUUGCAUUUUGCUUACCAUGCUUGAUAGGAUGUUUGCAGCAGUGCUUACAAAGAAUGAUGGAGCAAGCCUUUGAUCGGCACAUGGAAUACCAUAGGCUACGCGAACGUUUGUGAUAAGUCUUAGGUAGUUAAUGAUGAAGUACACACUCGUAUAAUGUGAGAACAUUAGAGCUCAAGCAGUAGAUAAGUUAGUUGGGAGACAGGUUAUAGGGGGUUUUGCGAUCGCGCUGUAACGGGGCAAGGCUUUUCCAGGCAUGGGAGGAGAAAAAUGUAGUAGGCGGUAACCGAGCGUGCGGGAUGUGACGCGACAGGACCUCCCCUGCCUAGUAUAUAUAUGUAAGACGCGCUUAGGCCUUGUAGGGAUAGUUGGGGAAACUGGGAACCAAAGAGGGAACAUAUUAAAGGGGCUGUUAAAGAGGGGGGAGUUGUGGGAUAAAAUGGGCAGUGCCUGCAUGCACCCGGGGAGGGGUCUAGGGUCACGGGUAUCCAGGGCGGUCGCGUGUACGGGUAUAAAUAGCCUUGUUGCGCAGCAUUAAAUUGGCAUUUCGGCGUUAUACACUGUGUGUGCAUCCCGUAUGCCCCGCACGCGGAGGUGCGGACGGAAGGGAA